AUGUCUCUUACUGCUAGCAAGAUGGAGCCAAACACGGGAGGUCUACUGGCUCUUGCCUUGCAGGAAAGUAGUGAGGACAGUCGGUCCUCCAGCCCCCCAGCCUUCGAGCCUUCCUUCCGCAUGGAUGGGCCAGGCCACCGCAAGUUCCGCGAGCUGGAGGUUGGUAGGCUGGUGGAGGGCAUCCUGGCCUCGCACCUGGCCGACGAGAUCUACGAUCCGGUCCGCUGCAAGCAACUCUCUCAGGACAUCGCCGGAAAGAUCAACCAGCGGGUCCGCGAGCUGGACUUCCCCCGGUACAAGCUGGUGGCCUUGGUGAACAUCGGGAGCGCACGGGAGAAGCCGGGCACGCACCUAGGCAGUCGGUGCCUGUGGGAUGACCGCACAGACUCCUCGACUACCGCCAGUUUCACCAACGGAUCUUUGUACGCUGUUGCCAUGGUGUAUGGAUUGUACUACGCCUGAUAUUUCCUCAUUUUGACAAGAGUAAAACAAAUUUUGUUGCAAGGCCAUUUUAAGUGAAGCUUCCAGACCAGAGGC